AUGGAAUCCGAGGCGUUAUUUAAUUAUUUUCGUAAAUUAGCUAAAACAUAUAAGGAUUUAUGUAAAGUCAAAAUUGGUAUAAUGAGAAGCGUAAUAAUAUACAAUCCAGAGGAUGUAGAGACUGUGCUUACCAAUGCGAAGUAUAAUAAAAAAGGUUAUUUUUACUUCUCUCUUCGCCCUUGGUUAAAUGAUGGUCUCCUGUUAAGUAGCGGUGAAAAAUGGUACGAACGAAGAAAAAUUCUUACACCUGCAUUUCAUUUCAACAUUCUUCGUUACUUCAGUACCAUUCUCAUUGAAAAUACUGAAAAAUUUGUUGAAAGUCUCGAAUUAGAAGUAGACAAACAAAAAACAGAUAUUUAUCCUUUUAUAUCAAAUAUGACUUUGAAUUCAAUAUGUGAGACAGCAAUGGGAACCCAACUGGAUGAAGAGACGUCAGGCAUAGGCAAACGCUAUAAAGACGCAAUACAUACACUGGGAACAUAUUUCAUUUAUAGAGGACAAAGAGUAUGGUUUCAUAUAGAUUUUCUUUUUAAUUUAAGCUCAGUUGGUCGCAAACAAAAGGAUUUAUUAAAUUUAUUAGGAUCAUUUCGGGACCGCGUAAUUAAAAGACGUCGAGAUAACUGCGACUAUAAGAAUUUAUAUGCAGAUGUAAAUAAUGAUCCUGAAGAAGAUUUUUAUAGCAAUAAAAAAAAGCGGUUGGCAAUGUUGGAUUUAUUAUUAGCUAUGGAGGAGCAGGGAAAAAUCGAUAGCGCGGGAAUUAACGAAGAAGUUGAUACUUUUAUGUUUGAGGGACAUGAUACAACUGCAACAGCUCUUCUGUUUACUCUAAUGUUACUGGCCAACCAUCAAGAAGAACAGAACAAAGCCUUUGAAGAAUGUUUCCAAAUUUUUGGUACAUCUAAACGGAUUGCUACAAUGAGUGAUUUAGCAGAGAUGAAGUAUCUAGAAAGUUGCAUCAAGGAAUCACUGAGGCUUUACCCACCUGUAAGCAUCAUAUCGAGGGCUUGUGACGAUCCACUUCAUCUAAGAUACUACAAGUGUCCACCUGGUACUAGCUGUACUAUAUCCAUUUUCGACUUACAUCGACGUAGUGAUCAAUUUGUGGAGCCAAUGCGAUUUCGUCCGGAAAGAUUCAUGGAAAAACCUACUUGGCACACUUUUGCAUAUAUACCAUUUAGUGCAGGACCUAGGAAUUGCAUAGGUCAAAGAUUUGCAAUGAUGGAAAUGAAAAUAGUGUUGUCAGCGGUGCUACGUGCAAAGUGGCAAAAUCGAAGAAAAAUUUUAACUCCAGCUUUCCACUUUAAUGUUUUACAAAAAUAUUAUCCAAUUGUCCAAGAGAACAGUCUACGAUUGUUACAACGCCUAGAUAAAACUAAUGGCAAAGCCGUCGACAUCACUCCCAUUCUAUCUGAAUAUACUCUAAACACCAUCUGUGAAACUGCAAUGGGAACACGGCUGAGCGAGGAGGCAACCGACGAAGCAAAAUUAUACAUACAAUCAUUACACAAACUCGUAAAUUUAUUGUUUAUAAGAUUUCGUAAUAUAAUUUACAUUUCAGAUUUUAUUUUUAAUAUGUCUCCCACUGGAAUAAAACAACGAGAAUGUUUAUCAGUCGUUCAUCAUUUCACAGAAAAUGUCAUACAACAUCGAAAACAAAAUUUUCAAGAAGAAUCUGAAAAUGAAAAUUACGACACCGAUCGCACACAGAAAAGAAAAGUUAUGUUAGAUUUGUUGAUUACUUUUGAAAAGAAAGGUUUAAUUGAUAGUAAAGGUAUACAAGAAGAAGUCGACACGUUUAUGUUCGAAGGUCAUGACACGACGGGAGUAGGAUUAUGUUAUUGUUUAUUGUCUUUAGCAAAUGAACAAGACAUACAGGAUAAAGUGUACCAAGAACUGGAGAGUAUAUUUGGUGAUGAUACACGACCAGCUACUAUGGAUGAUUUGGCUAAAAUGCGCUAUUUAGAUUGUUGUAUUAAAGAGUCGUUAAGGCUCUAUCCACCAGUGCCGUUUAUAAGCCGUAAACUACCUGUUGAGACUGUUCUUAGUAAUUACACAAUACCAGCCGGGGCAACAUGUCACAUCCAUAUAUUUGAUUUGCAUCGUCAAGAGUAUUUAUUUAAGAAUGCGCUUAAGUUUGACCCGGAUCGAUUUUUACCCGAAAAUAGUGUUGAGCGACACAAUUAUGCGUACAUACCAUUCAGCGCUGGUCCUAGGAACUGUAUCGGUCAAAAGUUUGCUAUGAUUGAAAUGAAGUCUGCUGUCACAGAAAUCUUAAGAAAUUUCAAACUAGUUCCGGUCACCAAGCAUACGGAUUUAAAAUUCGCUUCGGAUUUAGUGCUAAGAAACUCUGGACCAAUUUAUGUCAAAUUCGUAAAAAGAAAUAGUAAU